UGUCGAUGAUUAUAUAGAUCUUCUUUCACUUCAAGGGUGGGGUAAACCACAAACAAACUAACCAAAAGCAACCAAUAACCUUUUAGAUCACAUGUUAUGUUCAUCACUAUCUAAGCAGCAUAACGUUCAAGCAAAGUCAGCAACUCAGCAACAACAAAAAUAAAACAGUGCCAUUAACAUUCAGCAUAACUUCCUAGUGAAAAACUCCUUAAUUUUCUCGUCAAAUAAAGAAAAAACUUUUCAAAUUUCUUCUUCCAGAAUUCCUCAGUUAACCGACACCUGAAAGGAGAAAGAUCCCUCUUUUUCUUUAGCUUCCUUUUUCCACACACAAAAAAAAACUUUCCUUUUUUUAAUUUAGUAAAUGAACCCUCUUUAUUUUCCCUUGUUUAUUUCUCCUAUCUCAUGAUAUUCUUGCACCCAAAUCCUCAAUUCAUCACCAAACCCUCCAAUCCCAUUUCUUGGAGAUCAAAUUGUAAGCAGAAGAAUAACCCUGUUUUUGUUUCUGUCAAUUCUUGUAGUUUUCAGGAAAAAAAGGGUUUCUUUCAGUAUAAAUAUAGUAUAAAGGGAGCUGAUUGUAUUGUGAAAAUGGAAUAUUUAAGGAAAAUGGGAAUUGGGUGUUUUGGGAAUAGUCAAGUGAAGCAAUUACAACAUCUUGGUGAGAAAGUAGAGACUGAGUCUGUUGGAGGAGGGCAGGAGGUUAUGGAUUCUGCCAUGGUUGAAGCUAAGCUUUCUCCUCAGCAUCUUGUUGUCAUGGUUAAUGGUCUUAUUGGAAGUGCUACAGACUGGAAAUUUGCUGCUGAUCAAUUUGCGAAGCAGCUCCCUGACAAAGUAAUGGUGCACUGUAGUCAAUGCAAUACUGCUAAAUUGACAUUUGAUGGUGUUGACUUGAUGGGAGAGCGACUUGCUGAUGAGGUAUCAGAUGUUAUCAGCCGUAAGCCUGGGUUGCAGAAGAUUUCAUUCGUUGCACAUUCUCUAGGGGGUCUUGUUGCAAGAUAUGCUGCUGGAAAGCUGUAUGAACCUUUGGAAACAUCAUAUCCUUUGGCUGCAAAGAGAGAUGACAUGGAAGAAGAGAAUUUAAAUAUCAGGGUAGAAAGGAUUGAGGAAGAUUACAAAGGUAGAAUUGGUGGCCUGGAACCCAUGAACUUCAUAACUGUUGCAACUCCACAUCUGGGUUCACGAGGGCACAGACAGUUGCCCUUCCUUUGUGGUGUUCUAUUUUUGGAAAAACAAGCUUCACAAACUGCACACUUGAUUGCUGGAAGAUCAGGGAAGCAUCUCUUUCUAAAUGACAUUGAUGAAGGCAAACCUCCACUUCUUGUUCGAAUGGCUUCUGAUUCAUAUGAACUUAAAUUCAUUUCUGCUUUACACUCUUUCAAGCGGCGUGUUGCCUAUGCCAAUGUGAACUAUGAUCACGUUGUUGGGUGGAGCACCUCAUCAAUCCGCAGACGGGAUGAAUUACCAAAGGCUAAUUUACUAGCAAACGACGACAAGUACCCUCAUAUUGUUUAUGUUGAGCACGAGACUCUGGACAAUUUUCACCAUAAAGUGUCUUCAUAUCCUGAAAACCAGAAAAUUGACUAUGAAGAGGAGAUGAUCAGAGGUCUUAAACAAGUACCUUGGGAACGUGUAGAUGUCAGCUUCCAUCAGAGCAGACAGCGAUAUAUUGCACAUAAUACCAUUCAGGUGAAGAGCUAUUGGUUAAAUUCUGAUGGAGUAGAUGUGAUCUACCACAUGAUCAACAACUUCCUGGUUUGAUCUUCUUCGUCACUCAUGGUGUUGCUGAGAUGCAAAUCUAUAAGAUGUCAUUUUUCUGGGAGUUCAAUAUGUUUAUUUCUAGCAUAUAAUGUCAGUAAUCAUUCCCUUUUCAUUAAUCACAGUCAGUAGUCAAAGGACUUCUGCUGUGCGAUAGCUUUUUUUUCUCCCUGAAGAAGGCUAGUUUUUUUUAUACUCCAUUAUGACAAUGUAUGAAGUAUUCAAUCAAUUUCAAUAAUAUGCAUUUGGUACA